CUUUCCUCGGCAGAUCGAGCUGGCGUCGGGGAAAUCGGAAAAAAUAAAUCUUUGUGCUUGAUAAUAAUUGUGGCGCACGUCGGUCGCUCGCUGUAGUUUUUUCAGCCGAAAACCAUGGCCACUUUCAAGAAUCACAAUUUGUGGUGCUGGUGGGUGGUGCUGGUCGCGAUCGCGAGCUCGCAGCUGCACCGCGUUGCCAGUUUGCCGCGACCAGCCGCGUACAAAGACAACUCUGUCAAGGGAUACCUAGCCGAGCGGUCGUGUUGGGGAAACGAAAUCUGCAAAGAGGAGUUCCAGACGCAGUUUCGCUGCAGAUGCCCGCAGUGGUCGUUUUGCCGUGGCCCAGGACGCUAUUACAACGCCUACUGCACCAUGACUGGAACUGGCUACAUUUGGAUGCAAACAAAUUAA